AUGAAACAGAUGUCUCCAUUUAAACCCUUACCGCCAUGUGUCCCGUCAGAGGCUUCCCCUUCGGUUGAUGAACUUUACUCUGUAGCUCAUAAAACCCUCAAUAAUUUGGUCACUAACUGGACUCCAUUUUUUAACAAGAAAGAUUUGGAAAUUUUGAAAAAACUGAGUAAACAAGAAAAUCUUAUCAUUAUUAGGCCAGAUAAAGGUAAAGGUGUUGUUAUACUUAACAAGACAGAUUAUAUCCAAAAAGUUGAAACUAUACUUGAAGACAAUUCUAAAUUCCGCUUCCUAGGUGAACCUGAUUUCUCUACUAUUUUCAGGUCAGAAGACAAGAUUACCAGGUUUUUAAGAUCCUUAUUAGACCAGAAAGUCAUUAAUAAUGAUACAUAUCAAGAUUUAUUAACUACUGGUGGUUCUUACGGUAUUAUGUAUGGUCUGCCAAAAAUACAUAAAGAGGGUAUUCCCAUAAGACCUAUCCUGACAUCAUAUGAUACCCCCAAUUACAAACUUGCAAACUAUUUGGUACCAUUGUUAACUGAAUUCUCUUCGAAUAGCUAUACUUUGAAAAAUUCGCUUGAGUUUAAAGAAAGGAUUUUAUGUCAGGACUCAGACCUGUUUAUGGGAAGCCUCGAUGUUGAAGCUUUAUUCACAAAUAUUCCUGUGGAAGAAACUAUACAGAUCAUUUUAAGUAAGAUUUUUACUGAUAAUGACACAUUAUUCCACGGUUUUAAUUACGACAAUUUUAAGAAACUUUUAACCUUGGCGGUGCAGGACACUGCCUUUAUUUUUAAUGGUAAAGCUUAUGUGCAGGCUGACGGCAUGGCAAUGGGAAGUCCCCUUGGCCCGGUGCUGGCUAAUAUUUUUAUGUGUGAGUUAGAGGAGCGGUUGCUGGACAACUGCCCUCUGGCUUAUCACCCGUUAUUUUACUGUCGUUAUGUCGACGACGCUUUUAUCUUAUUUAAAGAUAAAUAUAGAGCCGACUUAUUUUUACACAAUGCUAAUCUGGCCCACCCGAAUAUAAAAUUCACAAUUGAUUAA